AUGGUCACCAAAGCGCUUAUGCUAGAGCUACAAAACUUUUGCAACUGCUCUAUGAGAAACACCAUACAUUGCAGCAAGGCGCCGCGAUAUGAUGCAGUUGUGAAAUUGCGUAGGUGCGGUGCAUGUUGCGCGGGGGCCUGUCUGGCGGUGUCGGUGGCGGUGUCGCCGGGAGCAGAGGGGCGGCCGGUGGUGUUUACGAUGCACCGGCGCCGAGUGGGGCGUAGGCGUCGCCGGGAGGCGUCGCGCCAGGCUUAUCAGACGGCGGCGGGGCCGGCGCGCGAGCCUCACUCCACGCUCUACCGC